CCUAAUAAUGUGCAGUCUGCUGACACUGGAUGACUGGAAACAGCAGAGAUGAAGGAGCUAUGGGUUAUAGCUGUCUUUGCUACAGUGUCUUUAUCACAGGGGGAUCUCACCACAUCAUCUGCCAUUCUAAUCACCAUUGACAUAACUACCCCAACUACUACUGCUCCUAUAACCUCUGACCCUCCAACUACUACUGCCCCUUUAACACCUGACUCUCCAGCUAGUGCCCCUCCAACUAAUGACAUUCCAACUACUGAUACACCAACUACUGACCUUGCAACUACUGAAACUCCAACUACUGACACUCCAACUACCGACAGUCCAACUACCGACACGCCAAAUACUGAAUACUCUGCAGCUACUACUGGUCAUCCAACUACUGGUUACCUAACUACUACUGAUACUCCAGCUACUGGUUACAUAAAUACUACUGGUCUUCCAACUACUGGUUACCCUACCUCUAUCCCUAUCACCAGUAUCAGUCUCCCCACCAUCUCUACCAACACCACCAACACCUUUUCCACAACCUUUACCAACACCUAUCCUACCAUCUCUAACACCACCACCACCUCUCCUACCACCUCUCCCACCACGUCUAACACCACCUCCACCACCACCUCUCCCACCAUGUCUAACACCACCUCUCCCACCAUGUCUAACACCACCUCCACAACCACCUCUCCCACCACAUCUAACACCACCACCUCUCCCACCACGUCUAACACCACCUCCACCACCAUGUCUAACACCACCUCUACCACCACCAUUUUUCCUACCACCUCUACCACCACCUCUACCACCACAAUCCCUCAUCUGGACUGUUUCAAUGGUGGUGAGCUGCAGAGUGGAGUCUGUAUCUGUCCCGAUGAGUGGACUGGAGAGACCUGUUCAGAGGGGAAUUUCUGCAAUUCCACCAUCAUUGGUGAUUUUUCCUUCCCAAGAACAACAUUUGGCUGGUCUGCUUAUUCAGACGAGUUGUGUGAUGAGAAGACAACCAGUGCCGGUUUACCAAGAGCCUCAGCAAGAUGUUUGAAUGACACUGGCUCUCCAAUGUUUGGUCCUCCUCACAUUCUGCAGUGUGAAUUUACCCUCAGUGACAUUCAAGGAAAUAUCUCCAGCAGUUCAGGUGAUUUACUACAGUUAGCCUUCAGUACUCAGAUCCUGACCUCACAACCAGAGCGUCUGUCAGCUGACAACAUCACCACAGCAGCUCAGAUCGCUAACACACUGCUUCUGUCUGCAAAUAUCACAGAGGACAUCGCAGUGGCAGCUGUAACUACCAUCAGUCAGCUGCUGAAUGCCAGUGAGGAGAGUACACAGGAGAGAGGCGCUGUCCAAAACCUCACAGAGACCCUGGAGAUGUUUUCCCUGGACCAGCACAAUAAUGUGUCCUUGGUGGUUCAGCGCAACCUGGUAGUCCAGUCUGUCCAAGUACCAAGUGACUCAGUAGGGAUCCAGUUUACUGCUCUGACUGGAAGAUCUGGUAAUUUUGUGGCCAACAGAAUUCAUCUCCACACCAAUACCUCUGAACUGAUAGCUGACAAAGGAGGUUCUACCGAUGUCCAGAUUGUCAUGAAAUUCCCACCAGUUUUACGUAGUAAAAACACAAACUACUCCAUUGGUUUUGUGCUCUACCAAAACGACCGGUUCUUCAGGUCCAGGGCUUUCAGAGCUUCUUCAGGAACCAGGAGAAGGGUCAUCUCUGCUAACCUGGGACAAGUGUCUGGGUUACAUGUUGAGAUGCUCUUUAAGCCCACAACUGUCCCCAACGCCUCCCUCCAUGACUUUGCCUGCGUGUGGUGGAACUACACGUUGAAAGACUGGAGCACCUUUGGCUGCUCCAAAGUCAACCACUCAGAAGACGGCCUGCGUUGUUUCUGUAAUCACACCACUAACUUUGCUGUGCUGAUGUCGUUCAGGAGGGAUUUUAAAUACGCUGAAGCGCUAAACUGGAUCACCAUAUUGGGAUGUUCCAUGUCCAUCAUAGGGUUGAGUUUAACAAUAACAUUCCAGAUGGUGACCAGGAAAUCACGCAAAACCAACCCAACGGUCCUCUUAGUGAGCGUCUGCGUGUGUCUCCUGAUCUUCACCCUCCUCUUCAUGUUGGGAGUGGACAACCCUCAUAAACAGCUGGACAAACCUGAAAUACAGGAGGACAACGUUCUCCCCCCGUCCGACACACACACGGAGCAGGACAGAGGGCCCUGUACUGCAGUGGCAGUCCUGCUGCAGUACUUCCUGUUGGGGACGUUCACCUGGAACACGCUGUACGCCACACACGUCUUCCUGAUGAUCAGAAACAGCCUGGCCACCAGCCCGUCACACUUCACAGCCUAUACCGUGGCCAUCGGAUGGGGACUGCCUGCAGUUGUGGUGUCUCUCACCUUAGGAAUUAGUUACAGAGUGGAUGAUCCACUGGGUUACAGGCAGGAGGAAUUCUGCUGGCUUGCUGCCCUCGAUCCAAAGGGGAACUUUGACUUCAAGCUGCCAAUGUUUUGGGGGUUCCUGGUCCCUGUGGCGUUCAUGCUUAUCUUCAACACAGUGAUGUUGGUAUGUUUUGCAGUUACAACGUGCAAGACCAACCCACAUUUAACCAGUACAAGACACACAUCGAUGAAGAAGAAGUUCCUCAGUAGCUUUUCUCUGGCUGUGGUGCUCGGUCUCUCCUGGAUCCUGGGCUAUCUGUUGCUCAUUCCACAGAACCAGACCAUGUACACCAUACUCAACAUCUCCUUCUGUGUACUCACCACCACUCAGGGCUUGCAGAUUUUCAUUCUGUUCACAGCAAGAACAUCAAUUGUCAAGAAAAUGAUGGCAGAUGCUUUGAAAUCUGUCUCUAGUGUUGAGAUCCAACUUCACACCAAGAGGUUCAGUCUAUGGCGAGACGAGCACAGAGAAAAGGUUGAAUCAUACACACAGCUGGACACUGAUCUGUCGACACAUUAACCCUUUAACUGCCACAUCAUUUUUCUUCUGAAAAAUGUGUAUUUAGCCUUAAUAUAUGCCAUAAAUCAUUUGUUUUUGAUUGCUAACAUCUCAAGCAGCCUGUUCAGUUGCCCAAUUAGGUUAAACUAGUUAUGUAUUGGAUUUUACAUAUGCUUUUUAAAUCAUCUGAAAAUGGUACAUUAAAGUCAUGUCUGCUUCAGUUACUUAUAAUGGAAGACAGGCCAAGAUAAAGGAUGACUGAUAUCAAAUAUGAAUACAAUAUGAUAUAUUUGUGUCAAUAUAUGAGUAUUCAAAUAUAUAUAUACAUUCAUAUUUACUGUUUAUAUGUUCAUAAUACCUGUAAAAUUACAUGUCCUGAAAACAACAGGCAGAUUGUAAAUACUGAUAUGAAUAUGAAAAUAUAUUUAUAUUUGCACAGACAAAAAAAUCCCACAACAAUAUUUCUCCAUAAUAGCUAGCUAAAUAGCAUUCCUUUAAUGGGCAACUCAACCUCCUGGUAGAGCAUAUUUUUCAAGAGUUCCUCAAAUUAAUAAAUAACAUCAAAUAUUGGUAAUUUUAUGAUACCAAAAAUGAUAUUUUAGAGUUCAACAACAUUGUACAGUCAUGUAAUAUGUAAAGGAGUGUGUAACUGGCUGCAGGGAAGUCAGGCGCAGGAGAGCAGAUGGUUAGCAAACGGAGCCCUUUAUUGAGGCAAACAAAACACGGGACUCAGAAAACUAUACACACAUGGGUUACAAUAACCCGGCGCAAACCAGCCUGGAGUACACAUACAUUUACAUAUAACUAUUACACACACAGACAUGGGGGGAAACAGAGGGUUAUAUGCAAUAUGAGUGAUGAGGGAAUGCAAACCAGCCUGGAGUACACAUACAUUUACAUAUAACUAUUACACACACAGACAUGGGGGGAAACAGAGGGUUAUAUGCAAUAUGAGUGAUGAGGGAAUGCAAACCAGCCUGGAGUACACAUACAUUUACAUAUAACAACUCCACACAGACAUGGGGGGAAACAGAGGGUUAUAUGCAAUAUGAGUGAUGAGGGAAUGCAAACCAGCCUGGAGUACACAUACAUUUACACAUAACUAUUACACACAGACAUGGGGGGAAACAGAGGGUUAUAUGCAAUAUGAGUGAUGAGGGAAUGCAAACCAGCCUGGAGUACACAUACAUUUACAUAUAACAACUCCACACACAGACAU